GGGAGGAAGCCUUGAAAGCGGAGUAUUGCGUUCCGGCGUAUGUCCUGUUCGGUCUUUUUGAUAUCUUAUCACAACGCAGCAACGCAUAUGCCAGGAACUCAGAUAAGGAUCAUCAGGCUUACAAGCAUGGCAUAUGCAUCUCCAGCGUCGAUCAAAACCUGGCAGCUUCAUUAGGAAAGAGAGAUGCAUGGUGUGGUGUUGAUCUCCUAGCGCCCUUCGUCUCAACCAGAUUGGCAGCCUGCGAUGAUUGGCGGCUGAUCCUCCUCACACCUUGUACCCCGGUACUCACUAUCGACAGCAGGGAAGCCACGGCGAUAGAAGCACUGAAGUCUCUCUCCGCAUGACGGAACUCGGAACUCGACCACGUUAUCACAACAACUUGUCUGGGCGUCCAAACAAUUGACUCCGGCCCACAAAAAGGGAUGAUAACAGCGACCUUCACCUAUCGUGAUUGGUCCAGCUUGGACUGUACCCUUGAUGGCUUCGUCAAGGUGAUUAGCCUACUACAGCGGCAAUGAGCGCAGCCUCGGUCAAUAUCGCUACGACACUACAGGUCGUCUUAUGCCUGUUGCAGGGCAAGACGGAAGCCAUAUAUAAUGGUGGCUAUCAUUGCUCUUGUCUUGGAGGCUGGCUACUGUCCGUCUUGCCCGCAGAGGUAUAGAAGCAUUUAAGUUCCGGACUCAGUGUUGACAAGCAUCAAAUAAUUGCAGUUAUGAAGUUCAUGGAGCCUUCCUUGGGAAAAGGUCGAUUCCGCCUGAAUCGACCUAUCAAUCAGAAUUUUGUCGUUGGAGCCAUUUUGUUUUGUCUGCCAGGUAUCUAUCUUGCCUUGACAGGUCUUGGUGCUGGUGGAGGACGCCCGAGCUCUCAGACGGUCGCCUCGACCACGAAUGCGGUGCUGUAUGGGCUCUUCUGCCUCUUCGGUUGGAUUGGUGGAGCCAUCCUGAACAUCUUCAAGCCCAAAGUUACCAUGAUGUUCGGUGCAAUUGGAUAUCCACUCUACGUGGGAGGUCUUUGGUACUUUGAUCGUCAGGGCAACAGUUGGUUCCCGUACCUUGGUGGCGCAAUCUUGGGUGUAACAGCAGGUUGUCUGUGGACUGCUUGCGGUUUCAUUCAGUUUGCGUAUGCCCAAGAGGACGAGAAAGCUUUGUUCAUCACCUGGCAAUGGGUCUUUACUUCCUUCGGAGGCACUAUCGGCAGCCUGAUCGCUUUUGGCGUCAACUUCCACCAGACCGAGUCGACAGGAGUGUCGAACGCGGUCUAUGCUGUCUUUAUCGUCAUCAUGUGCAUGGCGAUUCUCAUUGCUUUCUUCUUCAUCAUCGACCCCAAAAAGGUCGUUCGAGACGAUGGAACGCACAUCGCCAUCUUCCAAGAUCCUAACGUCAUGGAGGAAGUCCGCGGUAUCAUCAGACUCUUUACAGAUUGGCGGAUUCUAAUGCUCAUCCCGGGCAUAUUUGUGGCCGAGAUGAACUUGGCGCUGCUUUCUAGCAUCAACGCCUACUAUUUCAACUUGAGGACUCGAUCACUGAACAACGUUCUCUUCCAAUUCAUCAUGAUGCCUUGCCCGCUCAUGUUGGCCUUUGUGAUGGAUACAAAUCGUAUCAAGUCUCGACGUGUGCGUGGAAUGGUGGGAACAUGCAUAAUGGGCGCUCUCUGCCUUGCCACAAAUGCCGGCCUGGCCGCAUGGAUUGUCAAGAACGAUGUGAACAGGCAAAAGAACACGCCUCCCGGCAUUGACUGGAGUGAUAGUGCCUUUGGCGCCGGAUUUGCCCUGUAUCUCCUUGAAGGUAUCAUUUACGCUACCUAUCAGAUCUGCGUUCAAUGGACUUUGGGAGCCAUGUCCAAUGACCCUCAAAUUUGCUCAAGACUCAGCGGGCUCUUCAAAGGCACAACGGCUCUUGGAAUGUGCAUUUCGUUUGUACUUGACUCCAAGAACGUGUCUUACCUCGACCAGUUGAUUGUGCAAUUCACAUUGUAUGCCGUGGGUCUUGGGUUCUUGCUCAGCAUCAUCUGGACACAAGUCAAGCCGACAAACUACUUCUUGGAAGAGAACGUCAUCGUCCCUCACAAGUGGGAAGACAAGGCCAGAAUUGAGGGACUCGUUGGAGAAGAGCAGAUUGAAAAGGAGCACGAGAAGGAAAUGAUUGCCGAGAAAGCUGUGUCCGUUGCCGGCAAGGGCUCGAUGGAGGUGAAGGAGAGCGGCCGCCGUGCUUCAGGCGCUUCGAAAGCUUGAAGGAAGGUUUAAUCGAUUAGGUGUUUAAUGAAGGUGGCGAGAUCUCGCCGUGUGAGUCCGCUGUGACUGGGCAGGACAUGAAGGGAAGAGGUUGCAGUGGCUCUGGGGAUGAAGGCGGACAGGCGCACUGGUGUGAUUGACACAGAGUGAGAUACGACUUGAACAAAGACUUG